AUGCCUUCUGUUUUGCUUGCCCAUCGUCACUGAGACUCCCACCCUCCUCGUCCGAGUCUUCGUCGCAAAUUUUUCCAUCCUCGCGUCGCCCUUCAUUCAUCAACAUCUCAACCACGCCUCAUCAUAAUUAUCAAGUGAAGCGCUAGGUUCAUUCAUUGAAUUCUUCGCUACAUUUUGAUGGGAUUUUUGUGAAUUAUUGGGCCCGAUUGUUGCCCAAUUUUGCACGUUGAAAAUUUUGUUGUGGUCGCCGCCGGGUCCCAUCUCCCAUGGUUGUCGCCUAAGCCUAACCUUCACUUCUUCGCCCACUUCAAAUGUCACGGGCAAGAGCCACUCGCCCUAAAAAACUCAACGCCAAACAAAAUGUACAGAUCUUCCGUGAGGAUCAAGUUGAUUCACUCAUCGACUAUGAUUCUCAACGCGCUGUAAUUGAAACCGGUGUCGAAAAGGCCGAAGAAUCAGAAUACCAUCUUCAACAAGCAAUCAAGGCCGCAGAAGCUGCCAAGGCAGAUGCUAAGGUCAAAGAUGCAUACAUUCCUACACCACCUACCAUUGCCAGUGACCUCCAGUAUGACGUGCUCUAUCCAAAAGGGUUUCAGCAACCCGCCACAUACAUCCGGUCUUCUGCAACAGUCGAAGACUGCUCCGGAGUGGCAUAUUGCAUGGAUGAGGAGGAUGACCUGGCAUUAAAACUGAUCAAUGGAAAGCUGCCUUCUGGCCACGAACCUUGUACUGAAGACCAAUUCGAAGAGGUAAUGAACCUUUUCGAAGAGGCAGCUCAGACCAAACAACCAUUUGCUGCAGUCGAUAGUCCUCCAGUCUUACCUUUAGAAGAAUUGCAAGAGCAAUUCGAUGACGCCACCCCUGCCUAUGUUCGCACGUUUUCCAAGUAUGUGUAUGAACAUUGGCGGUCACGGCGGGAAGAAAAGGGCAAUCGAGGUCUUGAACCGCGUCUCAAGUUUGAGACCGGUCAAGAGUCAGAUGAUUCAGACCCAUACGUAUGCUUCCGGAGAAGAGAGUUGCGACAGAUUCGAAAGACAAGGAAUCGUGAUGCUCAGAGUGCCGAAAAGCUGCGCAAACUCCGGAUGGAGCUCGAAACCGCCAGAGGAAUGCUGCUGAUGAUCAAACGCAGAGAGAUGCUCCGUAAGGAAUGUCUCGAAAUUGACCGGCAAGUGUUCGAACAGCGCCAGUCGCUGAGAGACACAAAGAGAAAGUUGGGCAUGAAGGGCGAUGAUGAUCUUCUCAUCAACCAAAAGAAACAGAAACUGCCUCCGGGCAUGACCCCGAAUCAAGCCGCCCUCGCCCAUCAACUUCGCAUGCCUAUGCCGCCUGGUCCCGGGCCCGAAUUACGGACUCUCGAGGACGUCACCGCCGCUCGAGAAAGAGAAAUCCAGAAAGAGAUCCAGACGAAUGUCGAGAAGCAUAUUCGCUGGAACGAAGGCUUUGUUGACAAGACCAUGGCACCACUGACACCCGAAGUUGAGGAAUUUACCUCGCCGGAUGAACACUUUAGAGAAGCCAUGGCUGCCACAGAGUAUCUUCCGACACCGCCGGCUAGUAUCUCGGAUGAAGAAUCUCAGCCGCAACCAGCUGAGGAUAAAGACGUCGUGAUGAAAGAUGUCUCUCGGCCGUCAACACCGUUUAGAUACGCGAGUCCAGCAGAUGACGAAACCGUUGGGCCAAUGCCGUCGUUCCGACGGAGAGUAGGUCGUGGAGGUCGAAUCAUAAUAGACCGAAGACUUCCACGGCCGAAACGGGAUCCUGCCGAAGAGGACAAGUUCAGAUUCGAUUCUGAUGAUGAUGAUGUUCCAGAUAUCGAUUCGUUGGAAGACAUGUCAUACUCCCGCAUGUCACAGCGGGCAUACCUCCUGGGUGCGAGUUCUGCUCAGUCGGUCUCGUCGAGGAGGCAACAACCUGACGCCGGUGGUCCAAGUCAAUCACCAUCAGUGCCUCAGGCGCACCCACAGCCGACACCAACACCCUCUUGAAGUCUCCCCAAUUGUUUGGAAUUUUUUGCUUUUAUCUUGUCCACGAGAGCACAAUUCAAAAACUCUCUUCUCAUAGUCCCAACCCAGCUUGGGAGGGGCUUUGUGUAAUUCAACAGUCGUCCAUUUGGGGCGUGUAAGAUGGUGGAAACCGUUUUGACGGGAGCUCGCGAAGCCGUGGCUGCUGUCGAUGGCAACAGUCGGUGACAGUGGGAUUGUAUAUGAGUAUCAAGGCCAGCGCCUGAUUUAUCCAGAAAUCCAAAAACAUUG